CACCUAUCUACCAUAUGUCUAUCUGUUUAAUCUAUCUAUUUAUCAUCUAUCUAUCUAUCUAUCUAUCUAUCUAUCUAUCUAUCUAUCCAUGUACCCAUCACUGGGAACUAGGUUUUAACAGAGAUGAAUUUUGAGGAGGCAAAACAUUCAAUUUAUAGCAGUUCUUCCCUGCUUCCUCUGGUAUUUCCCUUGCUGGGAAGCUAUGGCUUUGGGAGGGUCCCACGGUUCUUGUGUAUUCUGUUCUGUUUUGCUUGCCCUUGAUCUUUGUUUUCUUUACUUCUUAGUUUUGGGGUUUUCUAUUGAUGUCUUCUAAAAUUCAGAGAGUCUUACCCUGGCCAUGUCCAGAGUGCUAAUAAGCCCAUCAAAUGCAUUUGGAAUUUCUCUUGUAAUUUUCAUCUCUAGAAUUCCUUAUUGGUUCUUUUUCAGGAUUUCUAUUUCUGCUUGUAUCAGUAAUUUUCAUUGAGGUCAGACAUGAUCCAGUGUAGCUGAGAGAGGUUGCCUCAAAGCUGAGAGCGGGCAGAUGUACUUCAGCCUCCCGGUGUGAGAUCUGGUCCCCACUGCCCUUUCCACUGUCGUUUCUGCUUCUGCCUGUCUUGUGUUUCUAGUUUGGAAGUAGUUUGCCCGGUAGCUUUACUUCUCUCCUGCACCCAAGAAGCGUUGUUUAGUUUUUAGUUUGUUAGCUCUUUACUGGUUAGAAUGGAACAGUAAUUUCUGAGGCAUUACAUGUGAAAUAGCAAAAUAGAAUUGUUUCAUUUACCAAUUUUCAAAACGCAAAAGAUGAUGAUAGCACUAGGAAUGUAGCUAACAGUGGAAUGCUUGCUCAGAUGUGUGAGACCCUGGUUUCUUUCUCAAGCACCACAGGGGAGGAGAGAGUGGAAAAACAUUCACAAAGCAGCACCAUUUGACUUUCCUGACAUAGUCUCCAACCCAUGCUUUGUCCAAGUUCACCCAUUCAAGAAGGAAACAUUUCUAACAUUGAAAUAACUGUCAAGAAGCUGCAGUAAUUGAUUAUGCCCACUAUCCAUAGUUGCUCCCAUGGCUUCAGGGUCUCAGUUCAUUUGCAAUAAGCUAGGUACUCACGACUUGCAAAGAACAUAGAGAAAAUACCAUAUGAGUCAAAAACAUCUUGACAAUUGUCCUAACCCUGCUCCAGGAGCAGCUUUCCUUAGGUCUUCCUCUAGUCCUGUCUCUCUAGAUCACUGAUGCUUGUCCUAUUCUGCUCCUGUGAAAUGUGAGGCAGCCAUCUUGAGACUCCGAUGAUGAUGACUAAGAGGACGAAUAUCAAGAUGAAUAGAGUCUGGGGUUCUGAGGACAUGGAUCGAGUCUGGGGUUCCGAGGACGUGGAUCGAGUCUGGGGUUCCGAGGACAUGGAUGGGACUCUGGGGUUCUGAGGAUGUGGAUGGACUAUGGUAUUCUGAGGAUGUGGAUGGAAUCUGGGGUUCUGAGGAUGUGGAUAGAAUCUGGGGUUCUGAGGAUAUGGAUGAAGCCUGGGGUUCUGAGGAUGUGGAUGGAGUCUGGGGUUCUGGGAUGUGGAUGGAGUCUGGGGUUCUGAGGACGUGGAUGGAGUCUGGGGUUCUGAGUCUGAUGGAGUCUGGGGUUCUGAGUCUGAUGGAGUCUGGGGUUCUGAGUCUGAUGGAGCCUGGGGUUCUGAGUCUGAUGGAGUCUGGGGUUCUGAGGACGUGGAUAGAGUCUGGGGUUCUGAGUCUGAUGGAGUCUGGGGUUCUGAGUCUGAUGGAGUCUGGGGUUCUGAGUCUGAUGGAGUCUGGGGUUCUGAGUCUGAUGGAGUCUGAGGUUCUGAGUCUGAUGGAGUCUGGGGUUCUGAGUCUGAUGGAGUCUGGGGUUCUGAGGACGUGGAUGGAGUCUGGGGUUCUGAGGACGUGGAUGGAGUCUGGGGUUCUGAGUCUGAUGGAGUCUGGGGUUCUGAGUCUGAUGGAGUCUGGGGUUCUGAGUCUGAUGGAGUCUGGGGUUCUGAGUCUGAUGGAGUCUGGGGUUCUGAGUCUGAUGGAGUCUGGGGUUCUGAGUCUGAUGGAGUCUGGGGUUCUGAGUCUGAUGGAGUCUGGGGUUCUGAGGACGUGGAUGGAGUCUGGGGUUCUGAGUCUGAUCGAGUAUGAGAUCUGGAGAACACGGAGAACCAUAGUCAUAGUCAUUUCUGAGACUAAAAUAAAUUUUUGUCUUUCUAAAGCUCUUAUGCAGGAUUCUCCAUCAUUUACUGCUAAACCUAAUUUUAGCUGACAUAAACCUUGAAUCAUAAAUUCUUUAGGGCUGAGGAGAUGGCUGAGGAGUGUCUGCCAUGCAAGCAUGAUGACCUGUUUGGAUCCCCAACACCCACUAGAUCCAACAGUGCAACUAUCUCUGCCUUGGUGCUGUGGUGCAGAGACAGGCAGAUCCCUGGAACACAUUGGCAAGCCAAACUAGCCAAUCACUGAGCUCCAGGUUCAAUGAGAGACUCUAUUUCAGAAAAUAAGGUGAAGAGUGUUAAAGGAAGUGACCUAAUGUUGACCUUUGGUCUUCACACACAGGUGCACACAUAUGCAUAUACAUGUGCACACAUGCACAUAUAUGUGCAUACAUAUACACACAAAAAAUAAUGUAAAAAAUCUUAAGGAACUGUGUAAAUUUUUUAUUUGCUAUGAUAACUAAACAUUCUCAAAGAAAUAGUAUGUGGUAUCACUCCUUUGUAUAGAUAAAAUGAGAUAAAUAUAUGAUAAAUAUAAUAUAAAAUAUUCAGUAUUCUGUAAGUGACUGAAAACUGAUUGACAAGAAGAACACAGAGUUCAUGGUGACUUUGCUUUUUUUCCUUUGGUUUUUCAACACAGGGUGUCUCUGUGUAGCUCUGGCUAUCCUGGAACUCACUUUGUAGACCAAAGUGGCCUCAAACUCACCGAAAUCCACCUGCCUCUGCUUCCCAAGUGCUGGGAGUAAAGGUGUGUGCCACCAUGCCUGGUUGACCUGUUUUCUUUUAAUUAAAAUUUUUUUUUAGAAGUUCAAACAGGAGUGUAUUAUGUCACUUCUACCCUUUCCUCUUCCCCAUCUAAUUUCUCCCAUGCUCCUAUU